AUGCUAAGAGGCUAUAUAACUGAUACACUUUCGGAGCUUGAAAGAGAGUUUCCUGUAGCUUUUAGCAUUCUGAUGUACAAAGACAUUGAAAUGUUCGAGCGACUUCUGCGUGCCAUUUACAGACCGCAGAAUUUCUAUUGCAUUCACGUGGAUGAUAAAACCAGUGACGAAAUAUUUAAAGCAGUCGUUUCCAUUACGGGAUGCUUUGGCAAUGUUUUUAUUGCGUCUCAACGGAUCAGAGUAAAAUGGGGCAAAUUGUCCGUUCUAACACCGGAACUAGUUUGCAUGGAGGAUCUUCAUCGACGUAGUCGUAAAUGGAAGUACUUUAUUAACCUGACAGGUCAGGAGUUUCCCCUGAAGUCGAACUUCGAGUUGGUAAAAAUUCUGACAGCCUUCAACGGGUCCAACGACGUAGAACACGACACACGGAAUUUCUCUGCCCGAUGGAAAGAGGCCGGUCCUCCACCCUUUAAAAUCAAACCCGUCAAAGGGGCAGUGCAUGCAGUACUCAGUCGGGCAUUCGUGGAAUUUGCUCUUCACAGCGAGAAGGCCGUUGAAUUCUACAACUGGACAGCAAAAACGAAGAUUCCAGAUGAGAUUUUUGCUACCCUGAAUCACAAUCCGAGCCUUGGUGCACCCGGGGCUUACACAGGUAAUAAGACCCGGGACAUAGCAGCAAAGCCUUACAUAGCAAGAUUCAAAAACAGGGGCCGCAUCCCGUGUGCGGGCAAAAGAGUACGCGGCGUCUGCAUCAUAGCAACGGGUGACCUACCCCUGCUAGUCAGGAGCAAGAGUUUAUUUGUAAAUAAACUUCAUCAAGAUUUUCAUCCAUAUGCUUACGAUUGUCUGGAAGAGUUGAUGGCAAAUCGCACUAGAGAUUUUUAUUAUGGGCGUCGGUCAUUUGAUUCCAGCUACUACACACAGUUGGACUUUGUGAAAAAUAAAGUUGGAUAA